ACGGUGGCAAUUGGAAAUGUCCGAGGCUUCGCUCCGAGCUCCGCGAGAGAAGACCAGUAGCCAGUAGGAGAAGAAGAGUGAAACACACUCUAUAACCGUACCAGAUCACCAGAUCUAAUACACUCUCCUCUCCUCCUUUUCAGAUCUCUCUUUCGCAACUUGCAAAAGUCUAAGAUUGGGGAGAAUUGCGGAACGAGGGGAAUUUUGAUUGAAGAAAGUAAAAAUGGCGGGUGGUGCAGCUGGUGGUUUUGUUACACGGGCAUUUGAAUCGAUGCUGAAAGAAUGUUCGGGGAAAAAACAUCUAGAACUUCAGAAGGCUAUUCAGAAUUAUAUAGAUGGUACGAAAGAGGUCAAUCAGGUUCAGCCUUCCGCUUCCAGUGAGACAAACAAAGCUGCAUCGGUUGCUGGUGAUGAGAGUUCACUUGAAGAUGGAGCUGCAAAAUCUGAAACAGAGGAAAGCCAGUCACAAACAGUUCCUCACGAUGCCGAGGCUAUUCCAGUUGCUAAGCCAGUGAGCAUAAGUGCAACUAUUUCCACUGUCUUGGCAAGUGCUGGGAAUACUUUGGAGGGGUCUGUGGCAGAACUUGUGUUGAGUCCUCUUCGACUUGCAUUUGAGACAAAGAACUUGAAAAUCUUAGAAUCUGCUUUGGAUUGUCUUCAUGUAUGUAUUUGUCAUGUUUUUUAUUUUCAUGCUCUGAAUUUUAUAGGUUAGCAUUGUGUUUAAAAUUUUCCAUUUGGCUCUUGAUAUCAGUUCUCCUGUGCGAAAGAUUGAGGAGAUUGAUAGAUGGGAAGUGAAUUUUGAGUUUAAUUGAGAGAUGUAAUAUGGGAACGGUAAAUUUGCAAAACAAGCUUGAAUUGUUGGUUUUUGAUUUGCAUGAUCAUGGAAAAAAAAUAUGAAAUUCUCUUUUACUAGAGAAAGAUAUACAAAAAAAGAAUAUUAGCAUUUUGUUGGAA